CCGCACCACCGCAUUCUUGCCUCCUCUCCCGCUUUCGGGUAGUCUUCUUCGCCCUUCUCUCCGCCUCCUUUGAAUCUGGAUCUCGAAGAGCCGUAGAUCGCGGGGAGAAAUCGUUCUGCCUCGCGGUCGCCGGGUUCUGAAGGCGAUCAGAGUUGGAUCUUGCUUCCGAUUCGUCUCGGGAGGGUCAGAUCUGAUAUCCUAAACUCGAUUUAGGAAGGAAUGCGAUUGAAGCUACGCUAGAAUUGCUACUGUUGUCAUCUCAACCACCUUGAGGAACUAUUGGCUGUGUAGUUCAGAAUUAUCGCUUCCAUAAUAGCUACUUUUUCAAUGCCAAAGAACGGGAUGAUUGAAUGCAACAACUGCGGCUCCAAAUUGGUUGCACCGAGUCCUAGAUCUGUAUCAAGAGCAUAUCAUAAGCACAGGAGCCAAGUGUCAUCCAAACACAGAGCUCUCAACUUCUUUCUUGUUGUUGGUGAUUGCAUCUUAGUUGGCCUUCAGCCUAUAUUAGUUUAUAUGUCCAAGGUGAAUGGGAAGUUCAACUUUAGUCCAAUCAGUGUGAACUUUUUGACAGAAGUUGCCAAAGUUCUCUUUGCAAUCACCAUGUUAAUUAUCCAGGCUAGAAAGCAGAAGGUUGGAGAGAAACCCCUUUUAUCAAUUUCCACGUUUGUACAGGCAGCUCGGAAUAAUGUUCUUUUGGCUGUACCUGCUCUUCUGUAUGCAAUUAACAACUACUUAAAAUUUAUCAUGCAGUUAUACUUCAAUCCUGCAACUGUGAAAAUGAUGAGUAACCUGAAGGUCUUGGUGAUUGCUAUCCUACUAAAGGUCAUAAUGCAAAGACGUUUUUCCAUAAUUCAGUGGGAAGCUCUUGCACUUUUGUUGAUUGGGAUAAGUGUAAAUCAGCUUAAGUCAUUCCCUGAGGGAUCCACAGCUCUGGCUCUUCCAGUUACAAUGAUUGCUUAUGUCUAUACCUUAAUUUUUGUUACGGUUCCCUCAUUGGCUUCCGUGUACAAUGAAUAUGCUUUGAAGAGUCAGUUUGAUACAAGUAUCUAUCUACAGAAUUUGUUUUUGUAUGGCUAUGGUGCAAUAUUCAACUUUUUGGGCAUUAUAGGAACUGCCAUCUUUAAAGGGCCUAGUAGCUUCAAUAUCCUUGAAGGGCACUCAAGAGCGACAAUGUUUUUGAUAUGCAACAAUGCAGCGCAGGGCAUAUUGUCAUCAUUCUUUUUUAAGUAUGCUGACACCAUCUUGAAGAAGUAUUCAUCUACUGUUGCUACAAUUUUUACCGGGAUUGCAUCUGCUGCUUUAUUUGGCCAUACAUUGACCAUGAAUUUUAUCUUGGGGAUUUCAAUAGUCUUUAUUUCAAUGCAUCAGUUCUUUUCUCCCAUGGCCAAAAUCAAAGAUGAGGCGCCAGUUGGAUCAUUAGAGAUGGUGGAACCUCAACGUGCCAGGUUGAAAGAUGAUUCUUUUGCGAACAUGGCUGCUGGUGCUGCUGAAGAUGCUGCUCAUCACGUUGGACACGAUGAGAGACAACCACUUUUGCCCAUAUAAUGUUUCUUUGAGGUAUCUUUUGAGUUCUUUUUUGUUAACUUUAGACACAGAGGAGCCACCAACAGAGAAUAUAACUAUCCAAAAGUGGGGAAAAGGAAUUCUUGAUCCACGACCGUCAUAUCUUCUCUGUGAUCAAUGUUUUGUUUGAGCAAAAGAGGAAAGUAGCAGCCAUUACUUGAAAUUGCAGAGGAUGGUAUUAAAGAAAUUGUACAGGUGGAUCCAAACAUCAAUUAAUGGUGUAAUUUUCAAUAACUAGACUUCCCUAGAAAUCAUUUUCCAUAAACCUCACAGGUCUCUCAUUAUUCUGUAUUGCAUUCCCUCUCUAGGCAUUUUGAUAUUUCGUUCCUUACCUUAUUUCUCUAUUUGUUCAAUAAAAUAAUGAUUCAUGUUAAA